AUGGAUACGAAAAUAAAGACUCUGCAAAUACCACAGGCCCUUAAAGCUAAAGUGAUGCUAUGGACAGAUGUAAGCUACCAUGACGUAGAGGAGAUUGACAACAUGCACUCCAUUCCUGAUCUGGAGAGUGUUUUAUCCAGUGUCCUUGGAGUUGACCUUCCUGAACCAAAAAGAGGAGUUCUCCUGGAGUUGUAUGUCCAGACUGUGCUUUUUUGCAGAAAGUGCAGCUUCAAACAGGAACAAACGUCUGCUCUGCUGUCCAUCAUCAAGUCCAUCCACGAGGCUAACAUACAAACGCCACUCAACAACAUAGAACAGUGUUUCAAAUACUGCAAGGAGCUUCUGCUCUGCCACUCAGUCAGGCGACCUCCUUUUAGUAUCAACCUCUUCAGCUCUAAGGAGGUGGACUGUAUCUUUAAGUACAUCCAUAACAGCUAUAUGAGACACUACAAACUCUACAAAUACAUCUUCACUCCACAGGUUAGAGUCAAACUUGAUUUGUCUUUCACUUACUCUGGGGUUCCAGACCAUGAAGAUUCUUCUGCUCCAGACAAAGGAGCAGAAGCUUUACCAAAAACAGACGGUUCUCCUGCAAAACAGCAGACAUCCGUCACAGACCAAGAGGAAACCACACUUGGUCCCAAAUCAGAACUGAAGGCACUGAUAGAAAAAGAGGUCAGAGAGCAGAUGAUGCUUGUGUCUGGACAAUUAGAUCAGCGAAUGAAAGAAAUCGCAGAUCAGCACAGCAGAGUGUUAGGUUCUCCACAGCAAAACCACAAGGCCAAAAAAUAA